AUGGAGACUCAUAUAAAUAAUUGUAUUUUUUGUGAUAUCAUAAGUAACAAAGCACCAAGCGAAAAGAUAUAUGAGGUAUGAAAAAAUUAACCUAACAUAACACAACUAAACAUAGACUCAACAUCAGUAUAUAUAUAUAGAGAAUUUUAUUCCUAGUAUAUAAUGAUAUCUAUUUAGAAAAGAAUAUUUUCAUACAUCACAACUCAUACUUACUAAAUAUGUAAUAUUAUAUUUGAUUUUAGGACGAUUACGUGACAUGUAUCAAAGAUAUUAAUCCAGCUUCGACUCAUCAUUAUUUAAUAUUGCCAAAUAAACAUAUAAACAAUGCGAAAGAACUAUGCUCAACAGAUGCUGAACUUUUUACGCGUACAGGAUUUCAUUGGCCACCAUUUAAUACAAUAUCUCACUUGCAUUUACAUGUUAUCUCUCCUAUAUGCAAUAUAAACUUAUUUAAAAAAUUUAUGUACAAACCAAACUCAUACUGGUUUGUAAGCGUACGUACAAUGCAUACUUUAAAAAUCAUAAAUCCUUCAAAUUGAUUUAAAAUUAAUGAAUAUUGUUUUACAGACAGAUUAUGUGAAGUCUUAUAUUGAAAAUCGGAAAUAA